AUGGAUCUUGUGGGGUUUAGAGGUCUUGAUGUUAAAAGUGAAGCAUGUCAGAGUUUUUUUCAAGAUGGGUUAACAGUAUCUUUCACUAAAAUUCUUAUGGAUGAGGCAGUGAGUGGCUGGAAAUUUGAAAUUCAUUGUUACUUUUUAAAUGAACUUUUCUUGUUCUUGUCCCCUUUCAUAUUACAGAGGUGUAUUAUUAACAAUACUCAUCGUCUAGUGGAGCUUUGUGUGGCCAAGUUGUCCCAAGACUGGUUUCCACUUCUAGAUCUUCUUGCUAUGGCCUUAAAUCCACAUUGCAAAUUCCACAUCUACAAUGGUACACGUCCAUGUGAAUCAGUUUCGACAAAUGCUCAGUUGCCUGAAGAUGAACUAUUUGCUCGUUCUUCAGAUCCUCGAUCACCAAAAGGUUGGCUAGUGGAUCUCAUCAAUAAAUUUGGCACAUUGAAUGGGUUCCAGAUUUUGCAUGAUCAUUUUAUUAGUGGAUCAGCAUUGAGUAUUCAGGUAAUUGCAGCCCUUAUUAAACCAUUUGGACAAUGCUCUGACUUUCUCAGUCAACAUACAGUGAAAAAAUACUUUCUUCCAGUUAUAGAAAUAGUUCCACAGUUUUUAGAAAAUUUAACUGAUGAAGAGCUAAAAAAAGAAGCAAAGAAUGAAAAAAAAUGA